AGAGCGGAAGUGUGUGACGUUAUUGUGCACGCUCCUUCCCCCUGCUUUCCUCGCUAGCAAGUCGAUUAAGCUAGCUAGCGAAACAAGCUCUUUAAACCUCGUAGGGGAACUGUUAUGAAUUGUUUGAUUGGUGUAGUAUAACGGAUUUUUAUUCUCACAGUCUUUAUAUUAAGGGAUCUUAGAAAAUGAACAUACGAAACGCACGGCCGGAGGACCUUAUGAAUAUGCAGCACUGUAACCUGCUGUGUCUACCAGAAAACUACCAGAUGAAAUACUACUUCUAUCACGGCUUGUCAUGGCCACAGCUCUCAUACAUUGCAGAGGAUGAAAAUGGAAAGAUUGUGGGAUAUGUGCUGGCAAAGAUGGAGGAGGACCCAGAUGAUGUACCCCAUGGACACAUCACGUCCCUGGCAGUAAAGAGGUCCCACAGACGUCUUGGACUGGCUCAGAAGCUAAUGGACCAAGCCAGCCGGGCCAUGAUAGAAAACUUCAAUGCUAAAUAUGUCUCGCUUCAUGUUCGCAAAAGCAACCGAGCAGCCCUGCACCUGUACUCAAACACACUUAAAUUCCAGAUUAGUGAAGUAGAGCCUAAAUACUACGCAGAUGGGGAGGAUGCCUACGCCAUGAAAAGAGACCUAGCCCACAUGGCUGAUGAGCUGAGGAAACCCGGAGCGCGCGUGUUGGGUCAAGAGGCACAAUCUGGCCAGAGCCCGUCAGGGUCUGGCGACCAGGAGAGAGAAAGCGAGAGAGAUAGUGGAGGAGAGAGCAAAGAGCUGAGUGAAGUGAGCGAGGCCACAGAAAGCACAGAUGUGAAAGAUUCUUCUUCUGAUUCGCAGUGACACUGCAGUUCUAGACAUUUUUAAAUCAUCGCUCAGUUCCAGUUUUUAUCUGUUUGCCAUUUUCCCUGGCCUUACAGACUCGGAUUAUCUCCGCAUCAAAAAUUAUCCAACAGUUUCAUCACUGGUUUUUCGUAAUUCUUGUUUUGGGGUUUUUUUGUUUUUUUUGCUUUUGUUUUUUUUCCCCCUGCAGUGAUGAGCAGAGACUUUAAUAAAGGCAUCAAUCUACUCUGCUAUCUAGAUUAAUGAAAAUGAAUUAUUGGUCUGAUCAUUUUUAUUGGAUUGCUGUCAUUGGAAAAGCUGUGUGAGCUUUAAGACAACCUGUACGUUUCAGUUGGUCUUUAUUUAACAGAGUUGCUGCAAAUAAAUCUGUCAAAUAAUUCUUCUUGUAUUUCAUUUCUGUCAAACAGCACUAAAAAUAAGCAGCACUUGUGAGCAAAACCCAGCAGAGUUUGAUAACGGCUAUGAGCUAACAAGAUGGGGAAAAAAAAAAAAACUUAAUACAAACACCUCAGGCCGAAUAAAUGAGUCCAGACAGGUUUCAGUCAAUUU